CCGUUCACCAUUGGAUUCUGCUGUGUAGGACUAUCUCACCGUGUGCUUUUGUUGGUUGAAGUGAACUUCGAUUAAAAAUUCAUUCAAAAACAAAAUUUAAAUACUAAAAAACAAAGAACAAUUCUAGUGAUGUUUUAUUAAAUAGAGAUUAAAUUUAGAAUAUUAUUACAGUGGUUAGACUGUUAAGAAACAAUUACCGUAAUUUAUUCGUGAAUGGAGUCUAGUUUAUGAUCGGCUUUGGAAACAGACAGUGAUCGCCGUUAUGGUCUUGAAUAGCUGACUUGGGCUAAUUCUAGGGACAAUUUGAAACGGUAAUGUGGUUUAUGGAUGUCAAAUUUUAAACUGCGGACCAGUUCAUUGUUAACUUAGUUUAUUCGAGAUUUUGAUUUUCUAAAAUAUUUUUUUAAAGAUUAAAGUAUUAGGUUAAUCUAUAAUCUGGAUUAACGUAGAGUUUUGUAAAUAGAGCAGGGAUGAGUUCGUAUUUCGUGAACUCACUUCCCACAUGCUAUGGGCCCCCUGCCCUGGACCCCUGUUCCGACCCCAUCGGGGGUUACGACAGGAACCCCUACCACCACCACCACCACCAACAGCAGCAUCAACAGCAUCACAGUCCCGGGGGUAUGUACGGCGGCAACAGCUACAGCAACAGCCGGUUUUCCGGCUACCACCACCCGAGGAUAACGCCGGACAGCCGGUACGGAGACCCUCACGUGGACUACUACUCAGCACCCCGGCUCACCCACCUCCCACCCAGCUCCCCUAGCCCCCCGCCUAUACACCCCCACCUCACCCCCACCCCUGUUUCCUCUUCCUCCCCCUCCUCUUCCCCGCACUCCUUCGACAGAAAACUCCCUCCCCCCGGUGCCAACACAACCUCCGUCACCUCCCUCACCGCACCCCCAACAACUCUCCAGAACCUCUCCUCCAACACCGGCAACAACAACCACCACCACAACAACAACAACAACACCAGCACCGGAAAUCUCCACUGCGACCCCGGGUACUACCCAUCUUCCGGCAUCUCGAACUUUCUGGACGAAAAUCACCCGUCCUGUGACUCCCCACCGUUGAGUCAGCGAGAGAAGGCGUCGAAAACCACACACCAGCAGACGCCGGCGUCACCACACUCGCCGUCAUCACCACAGUCGAAAUCUCUACGUCACCUAGACAAGGGCGGAUCCCCCAACUCCCAGUCCGAGGGAGGGGGCAACUUCCCCCCGCCACAGAUAUAUCCAUGGAUGCGUAGGAUGCAGUACAGUGCAGACGGCAGCGAGUCCGACACGAAAAGGUCAAGAACGUCGUACACCCGCCACCAGACUCUGGAGCUGGAGAAGGAGUUCCACUACAACAAGUACCUCACCCGCCGGCGCCGGAUCGAGAUCGCCCACGCCCUGAACCUGACGGAGCGGCAGAUCAAGAUCUGGUUCCAGAACCGCCGCAUGAAGUGGAAGAAGGACCACAAGCUGUCGCACAUCGCAAAGAACAUGAACCUGGCCAACGCUCUCGAGAAGGUGGCCGAAGAGCAGCAGGCCAAACUCAGCCAAAUGGUCAUGUAAUGGCCAAAAUAGGCUAAAGUCAGCCAAAUAGUCAUGUAAUGGCCAAAAUAGGCUAAAGUUAUCCCAAUUGUCAUGUAACGGCCCAAUAGGCCAAAGCCAGGCUAAUUGUAAAAAUAUGGCCAAACUCAUGUAGGAAUACAGACCCUAUUUUAAAAAAAAAAAAAAAAAAUUUCGGAACUUGCCAACUGCUAUUUUUAAAAAGCGACACCCUCUUCCUACUAAAAAAAAAAAUCAAACCCCCUUUGUAUUAAGACUUGAAAUCAGAUUUGGACGGAAGAUGAGAAAACAAUCAGAUUAACAAUUAUUUACGACUUAACAAGAACAGAAGAUAAAGUUGAUUUGUGACAAAACGGCACGCCAUAACUCUUCUUCGGAUACAAUCAUCCGCCCAGCGUCCCCUGUCGAUAUUAUCCCAGUGACGCUUUGUGAUCAAAGUCUGCAUCUUGAUUUUCCGUGGAUGGUUAUUUAAAAAUCAAGUUUCUCUUUAUACUAGCACGUGUUGUGUGUUGCUGUUGUCAUGACAACAAACUAAGACGCGCAUCAUAUGUAUUGCCAUCAUAUAAACUUCAACCAAGAUUUAAAAUAAAUACGAAUU